AUGGUCUCGGAGCCAGCGUGCAAGGAGUACCAAGCCCAGGUCGCGGCGAUGGAGGUCUCUACAGAGGCGGCCUAUCAGGAGCUUGCCCGACGACGGGAGGAGGUGCUGGCCAGCGUGGGGAGCUGGUGUCAAGCGCUCAAGGCCGUCCGGGCGCCACAAGCUCUGGAGCCCUCCGAAGGCGACCCCAAGGAGACCUCACAGCUGCAGAAGCACUUGCGGGAUGCGCUGUUUACGGAGAUCUGCAAUGCCUUGGCUUUCCCUGGCGCUGCGGCGCUCGCAAAGCCGACCACACCCACGAAGGUUGUGAGCCAGCGCCAAGUCUCGAAGAGUGCUGCUGUGGUGUCCGUUCGAACGCCCCGCACCCCCCAGAAGUCCGUGUCGGGCUCCCGAGAGUCCCUCAGCUCACGCGCCACCUCGCUAACUCCUCGGAGUCCUCCACUUUCCGCCCUGGCCCGGAAGGACGCCCGGCCGGUGCAGCUAUUGGCCAAGCAAAGGCCUUCCCAAACGAACGGUACUACGGAGAAGCGGCCCGCGGGCCCUGUGAGCCUGACAGAAAGGAGCUCCCGGCCUAGCGAGCGACCACGAUCCCAGCAGUUCCAGAUGCCCGCCUUUGCAGGAGUUCGACGCAGCUCCAGCCCGCGGAACUCUGCGCAGCCUCCGCUCUCGGCGCGGAGCCUCUCCUCGCAGCUGCGGCACUGA